AUGACGGCGACACCGACAGCAACAAAGGCACGCAAACCAAGCGCAAAGGGCGAAGGGCCGUCUGUCGUGCCUCGGAAACGCCGCCGGCGGGCGGUGGGCAGCGGUGCGGCGGACGACUGCUUCACCUGCGCGAGCAGACAGUGUUCAGGGUACAAGACGACGUUGACCUGGGGCAUCGGAGUGGCCAGCAGAGGGAAGCUACGGGGUCUGUCUCUGCCCAUAUCAGGCGCAAAGAAGGUCGCCCAGUCGACCGAGCCCAGGAGCGUGCCAUCACAGCCGGCAGAGGCAAAGGCAGAAAAGAGCCUGCAGCAGCAGCAGCAGCAGCAACAACAGCAACAACAGCAACAGCCAGUCCAAGAGGAAGAGUCGGUGCAGACGCCGGCGCCGACAUCGCCCUGGUCGGCGAUAAACACGACCCCUCCACGCAGCAGCUGCAGCCGCAGCAGCAACGAUGGCAGCAGCAGCAGCAUAACCAGCAGCGGCGCCACUGCGAGCGAGCCCACAUAUCGUCAUCCCUUACCUGCAUACACGUCGUCAUACAGCCCCGUCGAUGCAUGCGGCCUACCGCUCUACCGGGAUGUGCCUGGGCCACUCAACAUCGGCACCAGCGCUGGCACCAGCUCAGCGAGCACGGCCAGCACGGCCAGCACCGUCAACGCCAGCAGCACCAGCAUGUACGUCGAGCUAGGGUCUCCCUAUGGCUCGCCGUACAGUGCCACGACCACGCACUUCAGCCCGCUGGAAGUGUAUUCGACGCCGGUGACACAGAAGCCGGUAUUCGACGACGAACUCGACGAAUCAGAGACGGUGGUGUCGACUGAUGUGUCGAUAUAUAAUGCUAAUAAUACUAAUAACACCUACCCUUACCACUACCACCCAUACCCAACAGCGUCCUUUUCGCUGAACCAGCCCUUCUCGACGACUUGGAUAGGCCGCAACCCUCGCAUGCGGUACCUGAUCGGGUACUAUACCGAGGUGAUAGCGCCAGUGAUAGUGACGUUUGACAGCCCUACGAACCCGUUCAGGCUGUACCUGCUCGAGCUGGCGAAGGACAGCGAGGCCCUGCAGCAUGCCAUCGCAGCGCUGUCGCUGAGCAACCUGCGUCAACGGCGGCGCAACUGGGGCCUGCUGUCGACGGGCAAAGACGGAACCCUUCGCGAAGAGACCUACCACAAGGGGAUGGCGAUACGGUCGAUCAACGCACAGCUGGCGGACCCGGUGCAGCGACGAACCGACUCUGUGUUUGCCACGCUGCUGAUGCUGUGUCUCUUCCACAUGUGCGAUACUGGACUGGCCUCGUUCCGCAGCCAGUUCGCGGGCGUGAAGAAGCUGUUUAUGAUCCGGGGCGCCGGCCGGGACCGGGGCAGCCAGGACUCGGAGGUGAUGAAGUGGUUUAUGCGGAUGUUUACCUGGUUCGACACGAUGACGGCGACCAUCAACGACCGGGACAGCCAGAUGAACGGCUGCCUGCUGGAGGUGACGACGUCGGGCCAGGACGAGUGGGCGCUGGAGAACCUGGCCGGCUGCGACCCGCGCCUGUUCCGGGCCGUCGCGCAGCUGGGCCGGCUCAACCAGCUCAGCCAGGCCAAACCGGUGGACAACUCGACUGCGCGGAUGGAGCGACCAGUCCCGACGGCCGCCAUCCCCCAGUCCCUCACCCACUAUCUAUCUGACACUGAUACUACAUCCGCUACUUCUUCUUCUUCUUCCCCUAUAGUGGACAUAUCUGCCGUCCCGAUGAACAGCCUGGACCCACGGACCGAGUUCUGGCGAGAAUGGCAUGUCGUCCGCCAGAAACUCGAGAGCUGGCGUCUCCCCGACCUGCCCGGCACCCACAGCCCCGUCCCGUCCCUUGCAUCCACCACAUCUACAUGUACAUCAACAUCUACUCCUACAUCUACUCCUACAUCAGCAUCAGCAGCAGCAGCAUCAUCAGCAUCUCUCUUUGGGGCAGCCCUGCCGGCCUCCCCCCUGUCGCACGUCAACCCAGCCAACCUGCCCGAGAUCUCCAACAUCUCCGAGUCCUUCCGGUACUCUGCGCUGCUGUACCUCGAGCGGCUGGCCCAUCCCACCACGCCCUCGCGCCACCCUCGCUUCCAGACGCUGGUCAGCGCGGCCCUGCACUACAUCCGGGCGGUGCAGUCGGACGUCUUCCUGCUGUGGCCGCUGUUCGUGGUGGGCAGCGAGUGCAUGGGCGAGGCAGAGAGGGCGGUCAUCCGCGAGCGCUGCUGCGACAUCCAGCGCGACUCGGGCUUCGUGAACAACCUGUCCUGCCUGCAGCUGCUGGAGCGCAUCUGGCAGGAGGAAGACCCCAACGAGAGUGGAAGUGGAAGCACUGCUUCGACAGCGUCAGGGGGGGAGCUGCUGGGGGGAGCGGCCUUCCGGUGGCGGCGCAUCAUCGACUCCCAGCGUCUUACAGAUGAGUACAUUGUCGUGUAG